CCUCUUUUGCGUCUUUGCAGAGUUCGUGUGGAGUACUACGUGAAUGAAAACACAUUUAAAGAAAGACUGCAACUCUAUUUCAUUAAGAAUCAGCGUUCAAGCUUACGCAUACGAAUUGCCGAUUUAUUCCUUAAGUUACUGUCGUGUGUUCUGUACAUAAUACGUGUGAUAUUGGAUAAGAAUCCAACAUUUAUAACUUGCUAUGGCUGCGAGGUGGGCAAUAAGACAGAGUUCAUCAUUUCGGCCAAACUCACGGAGGAGGAGUUCCAAGAGAGUCCGAUCAUCAACUGGGAUGCCAUACUCUGGGUGAACCGGCCCACGGUGCUCUGGGUCCUGCAGCUGCUCCUAGCCAUGGUGUCGCUAACGCAAUCCCUGGUUCUCACAUAUCUAGGCUAUAAGGGCAACAUUUGGCAGCAGAUACUCUCAUUUCACUUUAUACUAGAAUUAGUAACGACAAUACCCUUUGCACUAACGAUCGUUCAUCCUCCACUACGGAAUCUCUUCAUUCCCAUCUUCCUCAACUGCUGGCUGGCCAAGCGCUCGCUGGAGAACAUGUUUAAUGACCUUCAUCGGGCCAUGCAGAAGUCUCAGUCGGCUCUGUCCCAGCAGCUGACCAUCCUGUCGGCCACGCUGCUCUGUUUGGUGUUUACCAGCGUUUGCGGCAUCCAGCACUUCCAGCGGGCUGGCCAUCGGCACUUGAACCUGUUCCAGAGCACGUACUAUGUGGUUGUGACCUUCUCCACAGUGGGCUACAGCGACUUUGUUCCGGACAUUUGGCCCUCCCAGCUGUACAUGGUCAUCAUGAUUUGUGUCGCCCUCAUUGUGCUGCCCACGCAGUUCGAACAGUUGGCCUUCACCUGGAUGGAGCGCCAGAAACUGGGCGGCAGCUACAGCUCGCACCGCACCCAGAGCGAGAAGCAUGUGGUCGUGUGCUCGACCACCCUACACGCGGACACCAUCAUGGACUUCCUCAACGAGUUCUACGCCCAUCCCCUGCUGCAGAACUUCUACGUGGUGCUGCUCAGUCCCAUGGAGCUGGACACGACGAUGCGGAUGAUAUUACAGGUGCCGAUUUGGGCGCAGCGUGUGAUCUAUAUUCAGGGCUCUUGUCUGAAGGACGGCGACCUGGCCCGGGCUCGCAUGAACGAGGCGGAGGCGUGCUUCAUCCUUGCGGCCAGGAACUAUGCGGACAAAACGGCCGCGGACGAGCACACCAUCCUACGCUCCUGGGCGGUGAAGGACUUUGCGCCGAAUGUGCCGCAGUAUGUGCAGAUUUUUAGGCCGGAGCACAAGCUGCAUGUGAAGUUCGCCGAGCAUGUGGUCUGCGAGGACGAGUUCAAGUAUGCGCUGCUGGCCAAUAACUGCACCUGUCCGGGCGCCAGCACCCUGGUCACCCUCCUGCUGCACACCUCGCGCGGACAGGAGGGGCAGCAGUCUCCGGAGGAGUGGCACCGGCUGUACGGCAAGUGUUCAGGAAACGAGAUCUAUCACAUUAUCCUCGGCGACAGUCGAUUCUUCGGGGAGUAUGAGGGCAAGAGCUUCACCUACGCCAGCUUCCACUCGCAUCGCAAAUAUGGCGUGGCCUUGGUGGGGGUGCGGCCGGCCGAGCUGCCUGAGUUCUAUGAGGACACAAUACUCCUGAAUCCUGGGCCCAGGCACAUUAUGAAAAAGGAUGACACGUGCUAUUAUAUGAGCAUCACCAAGGAGGAGAACUCGGCGUUCGUCGUUAAUCAAAAUCAAACAUCGGACCCCUCCACAGCCGCCAAGGAUGGGGCUGGAGGGGCACCAUCCUCCGCCUCUUCUCAUCAUCCAACAGCUGCAACUGCCAAUAAAACAAUAACCAGAACUACAUCAUCGACUACAACAACAGCAACAACAGUACAAGCAACAACAACAGCAACAAUAAGCACUACUUUCACAUCAUCAACAUUAUUAUCAGCAUCUACUACAACAGCAACAAUAAACGCUGGAUCUGCCCCGUUCGCAGCAGCAGGGGCAGGGGCAGGCGCCUCCAUUGCACCAGUGCCGUCUGUUUGUGUUCGUGUGCCCCAUAGUCCCAACUACGAGAGAAGCAGACGUCCCUCGAUCCUGCCCGUGCCCGAUAUGUUCACGUCCUCAUCGUUCACCAUUGCCGGCUACGACGAUGGCGAGGAGGGAGACGAGAGCGACGACGAGAUCGACGAUGAGAUGCCCUGGCGCUCGCCCUCUGAGCAGAUAGCCAUUGUCAAGGGGUUCCCGCCCGUGUCACCCUUCAUCGGUGUCAGCCCCACGCUCUGUUUCCUGCUCAAAGAGAAGAAGCCUCUCUGUUGUCUGCAGCUGGCUCAGGUAUGCGAGCACUGCAGCUAUAGGAAUGCCAAGGAGUACCAGUGGCAGAACAAGACGAUCAUUCUGGCCGCCGACUAUGCCUCUAGCGGUAUAUACAACUUCAUCAUUCCGCUGAGAGCUCACUUUCGCUCGAAGACCUCACUCAAUCACAUUAUCCUGCUGCUGGAGCGACGUCCGGACGUGGCCUUCCUGGACGUCCUCUCCUACUUUCCCCUGGUGUACUGGAUGCUAGGAUCGAUCGACUGCCUCGACGAUCUCCUGCGUGCGGGCAUCACGCUGGCCGAGAGCGUGGUCGUGGUCAACAAGGAGCUGUCGAACUCGGCCGAGGAGGAUUCCCUCUCCGACUGCAACACCAUAGUAGCUGUGCAGAACAUGUUCAAAUUCUUUCCCAGCAUCAAGAGCAUCACUGAGUUGUCGCAGAGCUCAAACAUGCGGUUUAUGCAGUUCCGGGCCCACGACAAGUACGCCCUGCACCUGAGCAAAAUGGAAAAGCGCGAAAAGGAGCGUGGAUCGCACAUCUCGUACAUGUUCCGCCUGACGUUUGCGGCGGGGGCCGUGUUUAGCGCCUCCAUGCUGGACACGCUGCUGUACCAGGCCUUCGUGAAGGAUUAUGUGAUUACGUUUGUGCGCCUCCUGCUGGGGAUCGACCAGGCUCCGGGCAGCGGUUUCCUGACCUCGAUGCGCAUCACCAAGGAGGACAUGUGGAUACGCACCUACGGCCGGCUCUACCAGAAGCUGUGCUCGACCACCCGCGAGAUACCAAUUGGCAUCUACCGCACCCAGGACACCUCGAAUGCGGACACGUCACAUGUGAGUAACUCGCCGGUCGAUAGAUGGGGACCCUUCUCGGCCUUCGGCAGGCAUUGUGUGCGCUUGCGUCCAUCGUACUCCAUCAAUCUGGCCGACGAGGGCAAGGACAAUCAUGCACAGCAGAUCGAGCGCGCGGAGAUCGACAACCUGGUGAGGAGUCGCAUGGAGUCCUUGAACCUGCCCACCAACGACUACGAUGACGUGAGCGAGAAGCGGAACCACUUGUCCUAUGUGAUAAUCAACCCGAGCUGUGAUCUCAAGCUGGAGGAGGGCGAUCUCAUCUACUUGGUGCGGCCGUCGCCGUUCUCGGCCCAAAAGACCUUUGAGCGCCACAAUUCGCGUCGCAAGUCGAACAUCUCGUUCUGCUCGAACAUCAACCUGGGCGCCACUUGUGGGCCCCAGAUGCAAAACAUGUCCUACACCGCCGUCGGGGCUGGGUCGCGUCGCGGCUCCGGCAUCGCCGGUUUGAACCCAAUGCAAAUGCAGAGCGUUCAGACUUUGGCCGGUCCGACGGUGGUUGGCAAUCAGCGUGGGCGGAGUAACUCAUUGCGGAUCGACAACGACAUACUUCUGCGUCGAUCCUCCUCUCUGAGGCAAGCCCUUCCCAGCGUGGGCGUCAGUCAUGGCCGGCGAAAGUCCUCGCUGGAGGAAAUCGGCAUCAGCCAUUUCACGACCCUGAUGCAGGCCACGAAUCACAGCAACCCCAUCAAGAUCUCGCUCAAUGGCAGCAUAGGCAUGGAGAAUCAGAUUUCUCUCCAGGUCACCCCGCCAGAGGAGCCCACACCCAUGCUGGGCGUGCCCUGCAUGAUGGGCGGCGGUGGCGGCGGCGGCAUAAACCCAUCCGGAACUGGAUCCUCAACUAGUGGCAUGCUGGGGCCUGGCUCUUCGCUGGCGAUCAAUACGGCUGACCUGGGGCCAGGCCCAGGCACCUCAUCGGGGGCCGGUAGCUCCCUGCAGCCCCAGGACUCGCUUGGCCCCCAGUCGUCCCAGGUGUCGUCGCCGCAGCAUCUGCAGGGAACGAUUGUAUGAUACAACCUGAUGUGGGGGCGCCGUCUCCGCACCUCCAUGUCAAAGAACAAAUGGAUAUAGAACACGGCCGGCACACACAGACACACGCGUAGAGAUAAUUUCUGAGAGAAAAAGUAUUAGGGGAGACCAACCCACCCCCAAUGUCUGUGGUGUGCGUCCCAGUCCCUCUCCCUUUUAAGACGAGCCCUGCAUAGGGAAGUGUUUAGCUACCGAUAUAGUGCGAUAGAUUACCAUAGGAAUAGGACUAAUUACGAGUAUAUGCUUUACAAACAACAAACAACAAGCAACAAAAGUUGAGGCAAAUUGUGUUUUGGGAACAAGAUAUGUAGUUAAACUAUUGGAUAGAUUGGAUGAUGAUUUAGCUAACUGUAUAUAUAUAUAUCUGAGCAUAGUUCUAAGUACCCGAUUCGUUUCUAGCAUAUCCGAGGAGCAUAGGAAACUAUCAAAUUCUCAAGCCCCUAUAUCUGUGUGUAUAUCCCACAUAUAUGCAAGUCCUAUUCGGAUUUUGGUCGGCUUAACUUCCUCCCACAUACAUAUAAUAUACCACAUAUAGAUACUUGUCUGAAGGUGCUAUCAAUGUCAUGUACUAUACACAUACACACGAAAAACAUCCCAAGUUUUGUAAAACUCUUUGAAUUGUCUUACACAAUUGUAAAAACAAAGGCAAAUGAAAGAAAAAUAAACUAAACAGGAAACGGUUUUCAUAACAUAGUUUGGAACGGGCUUUGGUAUACUCUAAUGCUUUACGAAACCAACCAAAAAAAUGAUAUAUACAAAUAUAUACAUAUAGAGGCAAAGAAUUUGUAUAUA